ACCUGGCUAUACCAUCCUCAGAGCCUUAGGAGAGUGGGAAGUUCAGCUUUAUGGUAGUGUAAAGGCCACCUCACAGCACGCCAUUGGGAUCUGUUUAUUUUUAGACUUUCUUGUCACUUUGAGAAGCAGUUUCAAUUGCUGAUGGCCCACAGUGGCCAAGAUUUUUCUCUGGCCUUCUAUAGACUGGAUUGACAAGAUCUGUAGCGUCUUGAGGCAGAUGUCACAAUGCAUUCCGCUUUGUCCCCUCUUCCUAAAUGGGCAGAUGGCUGCUGCUCUCCGUUCCUUUGCAGUGAUCUCAGCCUGUGUGAGCUCAGUGGAAGCACUGCCAGAGCACAGCACUUUGUCUGGGGGAAGGAGGCUCAGAGAGCAGCACCAAGUAAUGACCAGGAAGGUUUUUCUGUCUUCGUCUUGCCAUUUAAGGUGCUUGUGUUAAGUGUUAUCUUCCCAUUCCAUAACUGUGUUUUACAUAAAGUGCAAGAGUCAAAACUGGAGUUACCAGACCAGCCUCUGUCUCUGAUCCCAACACAGCUCCAUCCCAGCUGAUGUUUUCCACCCUAAUCAAGCCACGCUUCUGCUUUGCUGCACCUGGGUGUGUGUUGAGGUGCCUGACAAAGCCUGGAUUGACAGACCUAAAGGCUUCAGCUGUUUGCCCAUGUCUUUCUCACGCUGUUUUACUUAUUGUUUUACCACUCAUCCUUGCUUCUGCUCUCAGCCUUUUCCCUGCAGGUCCAUCCCCAGCACUUUGCUUCUCACCCGCUCCUUGGCCAGAGGAAGCUCACAGGUGCUGCCUCUUCAUCAAGCACUUGCUUUGUUUUCCCUUAAUCUGAUAACAGCUGGGGCAUAGCCCCGCUCCCUUUGUAGUUCUCUGACCUUGUGCUGGAACUAGUGAUGGGGUAACUGUUCUCAUUGUGCCAAUGCAGUGUGCUCAGAGACAUAGCGUGCUCCCGAGCUGGGAGCAGCUCCUGGGGGAGCCCUAUUUCUAAUGGAGCUUCCCUCCAGCCCGUCCUUACACGGCACCAGCUUCCCCUUGUUGCACAAGGCAGCUCUCCCAGCAGUGCCGGAAGGACACGGCGCUGUGCCGGGCUGCCAUAGCGGGGAUCCCCAGGGAGCACAGACCCCGUCCCGCCCCGCGGGCCGUGAAUCACCGCGGGCGGGCGGCGUCAACCGGCGGGGAAGCGGCGCUGCUCGCGGCGGGCCCGUAGGUCCGUCCGUACCGGCGGGCGGGGCGGGGCGGCCCCGGGCCCCUUUGUUCGGCGGGCGGUGGCGGCGUAACGCCCCGCCGCUUUGUCCGCCGGCGGGAGCCGCUCGUCCCGGCGUGGGCAGGGCUGAGCCGACUGCCUGGCCAGGAUGAGCUGGAGCUUCCUGACGCGGCUCCUGGAGGAGAUCAACAACCACUCAACCUUCGUGGGCAAGAUCUGGCUCAGCGUCCUCAUCAUCUUCAGGAUCGUGCUGACGGCUGUGGGGGGCGAGUCCAUCUACUACGACGAGCAGAGCAAGUUUGUCUGCAACACGCAGCAACCGGGCUGCGAGAAUGUCUGUUACAACGCCUUUGCGCCGCUGUCCCACGUCCGCUUCUGGAUCUUCCACAUCAUCAUGGUGGCCACCCCGUCAGUGCUCUACCUGGGCUUUGCCAUGCACCGCAUCGCCCGCAUGCCCGAGUCCUCACGGCGCCGGGCGCCGGCAGCUCAGCGCGGCCGCAUGCCGGUGGUGCGGCGCGGAGCCGGACGUGACUACGAGGAGGCAGAGGAUGAUAACGAAGAGGACCCCAUGAUCUUUGAGGAGAUCGAGGUGGAGAAGGAGAAGGGCACGGAGGGCGGUGAGAAGCACGAUGGUCGGCGCCGCAUCAAGCAGGACGGGCUGAUGCGUGCCUACGUGCUGCAGCUGUUGUGCCGCAUGCUGCUGGAGUCGGCCUUCCUCUUUGGGCAGUACCUGCUGUUCCGCUUUAAGGUCAGUCCCUCCUACGUGUGCAGCCACAGCCCCUGCCCGCACAUGGUCGACUGCUUCGUCUCCCGCCCCACCGAGAAGACCAUCUUCAUGCUCUUCAUGUACGCCGUCAGCGGGCUCUGCCUCUUCCUCAACAUCUGCGAGCUCCUGCAUCUGGGUGUGGGGCGCAUCCGCGAUGCGCUGAGCCAACCCAGCAGCCCACCUGCCAGCAGCCCCGCGCCACACUACACCAAGAAGCCCCCCAGCGCACCGCCCACCUACCACUCCCUGAAGAAGGAGCCGCUGAAGGCCCCGCUGCCCAGUGGCAAGCUGGACUACAGGGAGAACCUGGCCAACUCGGCGGCCGAGCGCUUUGCCCUGGCUGGUGCUCCCCGUGAGCACGAGCUGGAGCGGCUGCGUGAGCACCUGCGCUUGGCCCAGGAGCACCUGGAGAUGGCCUUCCACCUGCAGCCACCCCUACGGGCUCCCAGCCCCUCGCGCAGCAGCAGCCCCGAGGCCAACGGCAUGGCUGCCGAGCAGAACCGCCUCAACCUGGCGCAUGAGAAGGGCAGCGGCUGCGAGCGCAGCACAGGGCUGUGAGUGAUGAGGACAGACGGUGCGGGACGCAGCGUGGGACGGUGACGUGUAUCUGCCUGGUGGGGCUGCCUGGGGUGUCUCCAUCCCGUUGGGCAGCGAUGGGGACAGGGGCUCGGGGAACCUUCCUUCACUGUUCUUAAUUUUGUUUUUUUUUUUAUAAAAGGGAAUAUCUUAUUUUUGUACAUUUUGAUAAGCUCAGCAGCGCGCACCCUGGCAUUUUUAUACACCCCUCCCAAAUCCCACUCUGGGCCCACACCUCCCUUCCCUGCCUCCUGUUGUAUCCCCACUUCCCUCCCCACUCCCCGUGCCUGCAGUGUCCCCCAUGUUGUCAGUCCACAUGCAGGUCAAGGCAGCAUUAAGGAUGCUCAUGCUACACCCAGGUCCUGCUGGCCAGGCUGUACCACUGGCUGGCACUGAGCCUGAAGUAGAGGUGACAGCAGGGACCUGGGAGGGACAUAUCCCAGUGGCACCGCUGCUGGGGGGUGCCCAUAUAGUGAGCACACAUGGGUUGUGCAGGGCCCCUUUCAGCUCCUCUUUGGCUUCCCCCACUCCUGGCUGCUCUUUUUAGGGAGCACAGGGGUUUGAAUUUGUCCUUCCCAUCUCCUCCACUUCCACGCCAGCAGCUCUGCUUGGCCUUUGGACCAAAGCCAAUAGUUGUGGGGCUGGGAGCUCUGUGUGGGUCAGUGCAGUGCCCAGAGUGGGUCAGUAGGGAGACACUCGGGCAUUCUGAUCAUCUCGUGGGUGACGCGGUGAAUUUUGUAGCGUUGUUUUGUACUGGGAUAAUUAAUUGUGACUUUGUUUUUCUUUUUUUUUUUUUCUUUUUUUUUUUUUUAGUAAUAUCUAUAUUCAGUAAAGCCUGGAGACGUUUUGUACUGAA